GUGAGGAGGACAGUAGCAGAGAGGAUGGUGGAUGCUGAGACGGAGCUGCUGGCGAAACAUCCUCUGUCACACUGAAGCAGCUCUCGUCCUGACAGAGAAACACCCAAAAUCAGCACUACGUCUGUUUGAACGCCUCAGGAUUGGGUGGAUGAUGAACAGGUCUGGCGGCCCCCCAGGGGAGGAGCUCACGGAUGAGGAGAAAGAGAUCAUCAACAAUGUACUGGCUCGCGCAGCCAUGAUGGAGGCCAUGGAGCAAGAGAGGAUUGAGCGUCUCUCCAGUCGCCUGGACAAUAUCAAAAAAACAGUGUGUGGUGAUGGACAGUCGCACUGUCUGCUGUGUGGGGCGUCAUUUGGACCACAGGGGGUCACAGCUGUCCUCUGCGUGCAGUGCAAAAAGCACAUGUGUAGUGAAUGCGGGAUCUGGAGCAACAGCAGGACGUGUCCUAUGUGGCUGUGCAGAAUCUGCAGUGAACACCAAGAGGUGCACAAGCGUUCAGGAGCUUGGUUCUUCAAGGGACGAGACCAGCAGAGUCUGCCUUCCCCCUUCCCCCUGUCCAGCCCUCGACAGUCCAGCACUGAGAGCAGCUCUGCUACAGCAGAGCACGAUGGACCACAGGAAACUACAGCGCAUCAUCAUCCUAAAUGUGACCUCAGCACAGAGCCACGUCAGCAGCAGGCCUGUGGAUCAGAACAAUGGCAGACAGCAAGAACAACAGCUGACAGCUGUAAUGAGAGUGUGUCCUGUCCAGCAGCUGUAAUGAAGACGGAGGGACAUGUGUUAGCCUCCAAACCACCUCGGCCUAACGCACAGCAGGCCAUCCCCACCUCAGCUCCCGGUGCAGAGAGGGAAGAGACGGUAUCCAUUCCAGCUGUGGAGGAAAAACGACAACCUCUUGUCUCCAGUUCGGUUUCAUCUCAUCUUCCUGCAGCCAGAAAUAUUCCACCGGUUAAUCCCCCUGCCAACAAUCUCACUCCCCCAAGACCAACACCAGAUCGAACAGAGGAUGAGGAUGAGGACAACGACUACGACUCGGAUGAUGCCACAACCCUGGGAUCUCUGGAGUUCAGUCUUCUUUACAAACAGGAGAACCAUGCCCUCCACUGUUGUAUAAUCAAAGCUAAGGGUUUGAAGCCAAUGGACUCAAAUGGACUUGCUGACCCGUAUGUUAAGCUGCACCUGUUACCUGGAGCCAGUAAGUCCAACAAGCUUCGUACCAAGACACUGAAGAACACUCUGAAUCCUGUGUGGAACGAGACACUAAUCUACCACGGCGUCAACAACGAUGAAAUGUCACGCAAAACUCUCCGGCUUUCAGUGAGUGAUGAGGACAAGUUCGGACACAACGAAUUCAUAGGAGAGACACGAUUAGCGCUGAAGAAACUGACGUUUAACCAGCAGAAGAAAUUCAAUGUUUGUUUGGAGAGAGUGAUCCCGGUGAAGAAACCUGUAGGAGGCUCAGCUAGAGGCAUGGCUCUCUAUGAGGAUGAUCUGAGUGAAGGUGAGGACUCAGAGGAAAGAGGUCGAAUCCUGGUAUCACUGAUGUACAACAGUCAGCAAGGUCGUCUCAUGGUGGGCGUGGUCCGCUGUGCUCACCUGGCUGCCAUGGACUCCAAUGGAUAUUCUGACCCGUUCGUCAAAGUAUGUCUGAAGCCAGAUAUGGGAAAGAAAGCUAAAAACAAGACGCAGAUAAAAAAGAAGACCCUCAAUCCAGAGUUUAAUGAGGAGUUCAGCUAUGAAAUAAAGCACGGUGAACUCGCCAAGAAAACCUUGGACAUCUCAGUAUGGGACUAUGACAUGGGCAAAUCCAAUGAUUUCAUUGGAGGAUGUCAGUUGGGCAUCCAGGCUAAAGGAGAUAGUCUGAAGCACUGGUACGACUGCCUCAAGAACAAAGACAAGAAGAUUGAGUGCUGGCAUCUUCUGCUGAACAACAACGCUGUUCACUUUGAGGAUUAAAAUGUCAUCUCUGCUCUGUAUAUUCUUUCUCUCGCUUGCUCUCCCCGUGUAAUAUAAAGUCUUCCUGUGAGCACGGUAGUCAGAUGUUAUUCUCUCGGUUUUAAUGUAGAUUGUCCAAAAGUGCAAAGUACAAGCUACAUUUCCAGCAGUUUCAGGCGACCAACAUGUAUGUUGACCCUGAGGGCUCUUUGGAGUAAGGGGUCGCAACUAAACAAAACCAGGAAGCUGUAUUUUUGUCAUUUGCAUCACAUCAUAAACUCUGCCACAUAAUAUGCAGCAAUGAUGAAGAGAGAUUAUCAUAUUUUAUGGAGAAGAUAAAACUCUUGUUAUCAUUGUCUUUGAGAUAAAGUGUACCUCCAAGUUCAGACCCGGGGAAUUCCCAGAGGGAAUUUCCGGUUUUCUCUUUGACCUUUCCCCCCCCCAUUUCUAUCAUACGAGAUCAUGUACAGUGUCAUCAGCUGAUGUAUGUGACCACGUUGUUUCAAGUGCUUGCGUCACCUAAACAUUGCAUUUCACUUAAAGUUAUCAUGCAUCGUGCAUAUAUUAAUAUCAAAUGGGACUCAGAUUUUGGGUUGAUAAGACAAUGUGGUCAGACUCUCUUGUUGUUGAUGUGUUAUGCUUUUGAUACAGAUCAAAUGUUGGUCUCAUUAUCACCACUGUCACUAUGCAAUCCUCUCCUGUGCAUCUGUGAGCGUUUUGUCAUUCAUGCUGCAGAAAUCAAAAAGGCCCAAAUGCUUCUGCAUGGCAUCUUAUGAAGAAGAAUGAAAUUUAAUCAUGCAACAAAUGCGCUGUUCCAGGAAUCAAAUGAAAUAUUCCUCAGAUGAUAUAUUUGAUGGAUAUAUUCUAUUUCCAAGUUUACUACAUAUUCACUUUCCCCUCUGUGUUUAUGUUGAUGCAUGUCUGAACUCAUAUCGUAGCAUACACGUGGCAAAUAAAUAAAAAACACUGCGGCACUCCCUUUGCUCCUCUGCUUGUUUGAUACGUGUUGUGUGACAUGGAAGAAAACUUUGUCUGAAUCAGGUGAGGUUUGAACCAGUCAGCUCAUACGGACACGCAGCUGACAGUUUUGUGAACUUUGACUUCUCCUGAUAAUACAGAACUUCUGUCCAAGUGGGUAAAAGUUUAUGGACCAGUUGCUCUCUGAAAAGUGUGUCCUUGAAUUUAAUCAAGGACCUGAUCUUUCUCUUCCCUCUCAUUUAAGAUAAAUCAAAAGACAGGCAGGUCAGACAGGAAACCCAAACAUUUACAUUUGGCAAAAGACAGAUUAAUACAGGUAAUCUGACCAAAACCCCAACCUCCGGACAGCAGAACAGAAAGCAAAACAGGCACCUUGUAAAUGUGUAGAAUAAUGUAAUGUGUUGUAGCUUCUGGAAUUUGGCUGUGAAGCUAAUGUGUUCACCCCCAUCUGGUCAGAGAAUGUUUAGAGUAUGACCAUCUUUUAAAAGAAAAACUGUUUGUGAAGAAUGUGAAAGUGGGGGGAAAAAAUCAAUAAAGAUACAGUAUGCUCAA